AUGUUGAUACCAGCAGCCGCCGAUGUGGCAUUGCCAGUCGUCAAGACACUUGCAGACUGUGCUGAUUACAAGAAGACCUUCGAGCCCUUUCUUCCCCAGCUCUACGCGCUCCCAACCCAAGUCUACGAAUCUCUCGGAGAUGUAGAGGCUUUGAAACAGCUCUACGUAUCGACGAACCCUGCCAUCUCUGGACUUGCCUGGUGCAUCGCUGCAUUUCCGGUCUUCCUCCUUGUCGCUGAGAUUAACAAAAACUACUCGCAAGUCGAUCGCGUUUGGAGUAUCCUGCCAGCUCUUUUCAACCUCCACUAUGCACUCUGGGCACGACUCAAUGGCCUGUCCACUCAACGUGUGGAUCAUGUACUCGCGUUCAGCGUUCUCUGGUCCAUGAGGCUCACCUUUAACUAUUGGCGAAAAGGCGGCUACCAGAUAGGGAGCGAGGAUUACCGAUGGGAGCUGAUCAAGAAGCGCAUUGGCUCUGUUGGUUUCAUUCUCUUGAACAUCCUGUUCAUCUCCUCUUUGCAAUUGGUCAUCUUAUGGAGCGUAACACUGCCCACCUACGUCCUUCUUCUCACAUCCCGGCUCCAACCUGAAUUGAGCGGCUCUGACCAGCUGUUCAGCCGAACUCUCAUGGGUCUCGUGGUAUUUGAAUAUUUUGCAGACGGACAAAUGUGGAACUACCAGCAAGCGAAGAAAGAGUAUCAGAAGACUGCCAAAGUGCCGACUGGGUGGACACGUGCACAAAUGGACCGCGGUUUCGUAACCACUGGACUGUGGAAGUACAGUCGUCACCCGAACUUCGCAGCUGAGCAAACAAUUUGGAUUUUGCUGUAUCAAUGGGCCUGCUACGAAAGUCACACUUUUUGGAACUGGACUUGUGUAGGCGUUAUUGCUUACGUUGGUAUCUUCCUUGGCAGCACUCCGAUCACAGAAAGAAUCAGUGCUGGGAAGUAUCCUGAGUAUCGAAUCUAUCAAGAGCGUGUGGGUAGGUUUGUACCAAUGCUGAUCGGAAAGGGCUGGGAUGAGGAGGAAAUGGAGAAAUAUGGAGCCCAAGAGGCCAAGAAGAAAUAG